GGGGGGAAGUGAGACCAAAUAUUUAAGAGGAUAGAUAGGAGAGAAGGGAUUGCUCGCCGGAUUGCAGCCGUUACUUAUAUACUACUUUAUAUAUUUAUUUAUUCUCGAACAACAAAAAACAACCAGCAGGAAGACCUCCAGCGCUUUUAUUCUCAAUUCAAGUGAACAUUGGUGAAUGUUGCGGAUGCGUCGCGGGCACCGGACCUACCCGCGGGUGUAGCCGUCUCCUUGCGCUGCUGUGCAUGAGAGAGAGGUGGGGGGUGGUGGAGGAUCAGCCGGAGUGGCCGACUAGUCAGAAGGAUGCUGGAGGGCAAUGCCUACAGAAAGAGAGGAUGAGAUUUGUCGAAAGGCGCUGGAGCUGCUCUCCGACCUGUGCUCCAAGGGGGAGGUGCAGGACGAGCACUGCCUGGAUUACAUCUACUACUUCAGGGACCUGGCCAGACCGCGCUACUCGGACUCAGAUGUAUCGGUGAGCCUGUUGUCCCUGCUGGUGACCACCUGUGGUCUUGCUCUCUUUAGUGUCUCUCUCUUUGUCUCAUGGAAGUUAUGCUGGGUGCCACUGAGUGGCCGCUUCCUACCAGAUCUCCUCAAGGGGGCGCACUUCCUAGGAGGAGACCAACAGCCUGUCCUCACAGAGGUGGAUGUGGACGAACGGGAGUACAGCGAGGAUGGCUGUGUAAAGGAGCCUUCAGGACCCCUCAUAGCUGUGGCUGUUCCAGAGUCGGGCCUAAAGAUAAGCCACACGUCGCCUGACAUCCCACUGGAGACCCAGACCAAGGUGGAGAAAAACCAGGUCCACACUCUGGCCAGGGACAGGGUCCAGAGACAGAUUACUGAGCCUACCUCGUCUGUACGGCACAACUCCAUCCGACGUCAAAUGAACUUGUCCAAUCCGGACUUCAACCCUGCUCAGUUCCAACGGCAAGACUCACUCUCUGGUUUGGGCCGAAUCAAACCAGAGCUCUACAAGCAGCGAUCUGUGGAUGCAGAAGAUGGCCGUCGCCCCGACGGCUGCGGGCGUCUCCUCUUUGUAUUGAAGUUUGACUUUGACCUAGAACAGUUGAUUGUGAAGAUCCACAAGGCGCAGGACCUUCCCGCCAAGGACUUCACAGGAACCUCCGAUCCUUACGUCAAGAUCUACCUUCUGCCCGACCGCAAAACCAAGCACCAGACCAAGGUGCACCGCAAGACACUCAAUCCGGUGUUUGAUGAGGUGUUUCUCUUUCCUGUGGCGUACGCCGAGCUGUCGAGCCGCAAGCUGCACUUCAGCGUCUAUGACUUCGACAGGUUCUCUCGCCAUGACUUGAUUGGCCAAGUGGUGGUGGACAACUUCCUGGAUCUUGCCGACUUUCCACGGGAGACUAAACUGUGCCGGGAUGUACAAUACGUGACCUCGGACAAUGUGGACCUGGGAGAGCUGAUGUUCUCAUUGUGCUAUCUCCCCACGGCUGGCCGGCUGACCAUCACCUUGAUCAAGGCCAGGAAUCUCAAAGCAAUGGACAUUACUGGUGCUUCAGAUCCGUAUGUGAAAGUGUCCUUGAUGUGUGAAGGCCGAAGGCUAAAGAAGAGGAAGACGUCAACCAAGCGCAACACUCUAAACCCGGUGUACAAUGAAGCCAUUGUGUUCGAUGUUCCCCCUGAGAACAUCGACCAGAUUAGUCUGCUCAUAGCGGUCAUGGACUAUGAUCGGGUUGGACAUAAUGAAGUGAUUGGGGUAUGCAGGGUGGGCAACGAGGCAGAGACCCUAGGGCGAAACCACUGGAAUGAGAUGCUGUCGUACCCACGGAAACCCAUUGCACACUGGCACCCACUCGUAGAGUGGGUCGGACAGGGAGCGACGGGGACUGCAAGCCAAGGAGGAUCCACCAAUUCCCUGAAGACACCACCAUCGCCAUGAACGCACACACACACACAGACAUACACACAACCUCAGGGUGGUAAAACGAUGAAGAUGAUGGACCUGCAGAUGACUGAAAUAUUAAUAAAAUAUAGUGUUACUAACAAGUAACUACAGUAGAAGUAUCAGCUAAAAGCCAUUAUUCAAGCUGGUGUGUUAUUAGAUUGACAAGUUUUGGUGUGCUAAAACCGCUGCAAAUCCCCUCAUCUUUCUUUCCUCUUCACAACCAAAACCAAUUUUCUAAUUACUAACUACAUUCCAACCGAUCUACUAGAAUGCUUUUAAUUAUACGUUUUUAAGAUGUUGCUGAUGGCAUUAACAGGUCGAGCUUUUGAAACAAAUCACUGUUUUGUGGACCAAAAAUCAUUUAUUUCCAGCUAGUGGUUGUGCUUUGUAUGAGUAAUUAACUUUAACACAUUAAUAAAUGAGUUAGACAGGUGAGAUUUAGAAAGGACAGACAAGGCAUUCCUGUUCAGCUCACUUUUAACAUUUGUUUCAUGCAGACACAAUACAAAGAGAUUUCUUUUAGUCAAACUAUUUUUGGCAACUUUCUCACAGAACACUAUCUCGAAAGAUGUAAAGUGAUUAGGGUUUGCUACAAGAAUGUUUAAAGGGUUGCACGACAGAACAUAAAAGGGGAGUUUUAUUAACUGCAUGUUAAAAUUGACAUACUUAACAGGGUGUGGUCAAAAUGAGAGAAAACAGGUGUUGGUGGUGUCUGCAAAAUGGGCUUCUGCCUAAAGAUCAUCUACUAAUGUUUCCCACUGACACAUUCACAUGCACAAAAUAUUCUAGUGUUUAACCUGAGAUCAUGGACAAUAUUCCUAUUAAGCUGUUUACAUGGCUAACGGAAAUUAGUAUUCCUUUUACAUUUAGCCGUACCUACCCUGAAACGUAAGCAAUGGCAGGUUUGCAUGACAUUUUCCUGCUAUUUUUUUAAUUCUAUUUUUUCACCUUCUUAAAGAGGUCAGUGUUUCAAAAUCUGCACACAUCCACGUUUUUUAAAUGCCCCAGCUUAGCAAAGUGAUGGUAAAGAUAGACAAAUCCAAGAAUAAACAAAACAAAGUUUGAUACUCCCUGUUGGAUGCAGAUAAAAACAUGGUCUAACUUUCAACUAAAAUGGCGACGCUUUGUCAGUGAGUGCAUUUUAGCAUUUCUGGAGGUCAUUUGAUAACGUGCACCCUUAUUUGUCCCCCGCUAAACACGUGAAACGGUUUCAGUUAUGGCCAAACACGCUCUUUUCUUAAACUUGUAAAUCCCUCAAAAAUAAAUUGCCUAUCUUGAAAAGAGACUAUGCAUGUAUUGGAAUAUUUGGAUGGGGGCUUAGGCAUCAUAACAAAUAAAUAAUAAUGACUUUGAAUCUUUCCUAUAUCUUUGCCUCGUCGUGUCAUGUACUUGUAACGGAACUUGAUGCUAUUCGGUUAGACCACACCCUGCAGUUGUUUUAAUAAAGCCAGUGUUUGUUGUUUUGAAAUUCAGACUAAUGCCAGUAUUGUUUAGGUCUUUGUAUUGGACACUGUAGCAAAUAACAAUGAUCAUUUUGUCUGUAUUUGUAGGGUGCAGUGCAUGCAUCAUUUUUCGUGAGUCCUUUUUUGAAAUCUCUUCUGCGUAAACAUAAGAUGUAAUCGGAACUUAAGAGACUGUGUAAAUUGUCCAUUUGGAUGUUAAUAAAUAUUUCUUUCUCUGUAU